UGAAGCGUCGUGUUUGUGUCGCGCCGCCUCCUCUACUCGCUCGCUCGUCUCCUCGUGUGACUCCUCUUCGUCCAGGUACAUUGUCGUCGAGACACGUGUCGACUGCCGCCGAGACAUGAAGAUGAGGAAGCGACCGAACGUCCUGUUAACAGGAACCCCGGGUGUCGGGAAGACUACGUUGGGGAAGGAGCUAGCCCAGCGCACAGGGCUGACCUACGUGAACAUCGGAGACCUGGCCCAGGAGGGACAACUUUAUGACGGCUUUGACGAAGAGUAUCAGUGCCCGAUUCUAGAUGAGGACCGGGUGGUGGACGAGCUGGACGAGCAGAUGGUGGAAGGUGGUGUGAUCGUCGACUACCACGGCUGUGACCUGUUUCCCGAACGCUGGUUCCACAUUGUCUUCGUCCUGCGCACAGACAACACUCAGCUGUACACACGGCUGGAGGGCAGGGGCUACACAGGGAAGAAGCUGCAGGACAACGUGCAGUGUGAGAUCUUCCAGACCAUCUACGAGGAAGCCAUGGAGGCCUACAGCAAGGACAUCGUCCACCAGCUGUCCAGCAACAGUCCUGAAGACCUGGAGCGCAACCUGGAUCAGAUCGUGCAGUGGACCGAGCAGUGGAUGAAGGACAAUAACUAGGACAGUGGCAGGACUAUCGUCAAAGAGUUAUUUGGACAAUUAAGCAUGAAUUGUGGUUAUUUUCAUAAACGUUGCCAUCGUGGAAACUGGUGAUAUGUUAAAAGUUGUGAAUUACAAUAAAUAAACAGAAAAGUCUUUGUAAUAAAAUAAA